UGUGCGCGAGGCGCGAGUGAAAGAGGAGAGAGGUUGUUUGCGCAGUGAGGACCUGUCAUUCAUGAUUAUUGGUUGGAUUGGUUGUUGGUUAUGGUUGUGCUUGUGGGGUCACAAGACCAAUGUAAUCCAAAAUAAUUCUCAGGUUUAAUGUUAAAAUCCAAGUUUCAAUAUUGUGUAUGCUGUGUGUGUUUCUCAUAACCAUGGUGUCAUUAUCAGUUGUUCGAUUGUGAAUGGCUGGUGUCAAAGUACAAAACAACUAAUGAAUGAUGCAGUCUAUAUUCUGGACAGGCAGAGUGCUAUCACGUGCUAUACGAAAUGGACUUGCGAGUAUUUCGAGUGCUGCUGAAUUGAAUGUAACAAACAAGAAACAUCCAUAUUUAGUUUCCGUGGUAUGUGGUUUUCCCAAAGACAUUGCAAAUGGUAGGACACGUAAAGGACAAUUUGGGGACGACGCAUGGUUCUCCACCAACUUCAACAAUGCGGAUGUUAUCGGAGUCGCAGAUGGCGUGGGAGGCUGGCGUGCGUACGGCAUUGAUCCGGGCGAGUUCUCCUCGUAUCUCAUGAGGAUGUGUGAGCGGCUUGUUCAGAUGGGCCACUUCAAGCUCUCUGAGCCUGGUGACCUCCUGGCCAAGUCCUACUAUGAACUACUGGAACAUAAGAAACCAAUUUUAGGUAGCAGCACUGCGUGCGUGAUGAUCCUGGAUAGGACGGAGAGCGUGAUGCGCGCCGCCAACAUCGGAGACAGCGGCUACAUGGUGGUGCGAGGCGGCCGCGUGGUGCACCGAUCCCACGAGCAGCAACACUACUUCAACACCCCCUACCAACUGAGCCUACCACCUCCUGGGCACGACAGGAACGUGCUUAGUGAUAGGCCAGAAUCGGCGGAGACGUCAGAAUUCCCAGUGGAAUGCGGCGAUGUGAUCCUGGUAGCGACAGACGGAGUGUUUGACAACGUGCCAGAGCCCGUACUGGUGGCAGAGAUGAGGCGCGCGCAGGGGCUCGCGGGGGACGCCCAGCGCCUGCAAGCGGUUGCUAACUCUAUCGCGUGGAUGGCGCGAAACCUGUCCUUCGACGGCUGCUAUAUGUCGCCCUUCGCUAAAAGCGCGCGCCAGAACGGCAUAGACGCUAUAGGAGGUAAACCAGACGACAUAACGGUGCUACUCGCAAUUGUAGCGCUAUGAAAUGUCCUAUUGUGAUUUAUGUAGAUUUUAGGCACUCGUUUUGUUCAAGACAUACAAAAUUAGUAGAAUUAGUGUUUACAAAUACAAACAACGACACCAAAAACUUCAUAAAUCGGUCGACUUUUGAUUGCGUAGUAUCAUAUUCUGAAUACUAGAGUUAGAUUAUCUAAAUUAUCAAUUAUUAGCAAAUUAAUGGUUCGUAAUGAUUCUGAACAUGUGAUCUGUUGGUCAUCCCGGAAUAGCCGCCGGUCUCGACCAGUGGUGUGCUGUUCCCGGGAAUGUUCCCACUUUGGGAAUGAUCUCGGAAGUAAAAAGGCGCAAAACUUAUGUAAAAAGAGCUUUAUUACCUAACCUAACCUUUAGGCAGAUAAGGCCAGACUACAAGAAAGGCCAAUUUGAAAAAGAAAAUCAGCCAGUGCCCUUACUAUUGGCUACUUGACAGUUUUCGGAUAAGUAUUUUUAAAAAUACAGACGCUUAUUUUAUACCUGUUAAAAUAUUUUAUUUUCUCGAAAAAGUUUAUGUAAUAGAAAAAAACAUUUUUCUUUAUUAAUUUCAAAUUUCGCGCGAAAACGAUUGGUGACGGGACAUUCUGCCCAGUGACGUCACACGAGGCUCAAUCAUGGCCGCCCGUGUUUCGAAACUUGUAAUACAUAGAUAAAAAAAAUCGAUCCUUAUUUUGUAAAAAAUAAAGUAAGUAGAUAAAAAUGACCUUAAUAAAAAAAGCUAUUGGAUAAUUAUCAUUAAAUAUUAAACUAUUGUAUCCGACAUAAUAUUUCAUUGUUACAACUGUCGAGUAGCCAAUUAAAGAGGCACAUUCCCACUUUGGAAACAUUCCCGGGAACGGCGCAUAACUGCUCUCGAUCGCUAUCAUAUCCUGUCGCGCUAAUUUUUAUCUAUCAUUAUUAUAUGAUUUUGUGAUUGUUAAUUAGGUACGUAAUCGGAACAUGCUUUGAUAGAACAACGCAAAGUGUUUCAUAUUGUGUACUGUGCGCAAGCAUUAUACAUAGAGCCACAGAUCAUGAAAUUGAUAAUGCUCGGCUUAUAUCUUGGACGUCUGAUGUUUUAGUGAUUUUUGUAACUGGUUUAUUUGGGAGCGUUUUAUGUAUGGACACCUCACGUUUAGUGUGAUCAAUGAUUAUGAGAAUCUGAGUCAGUGACAGCUGCAAUUGAGUGUGAAUGUUUCGAUGUUUGAAUGAAGACUGAUAUAGUUUUACUGUUCUUGUUGUUACUGUAGAUAUAAUGAAUGUUACAAAGCAAUGUUUCAUACCAAUCACGAUUAAUGGUUCUCUGUAACAAUUUUUAUUUCUUUUUGUACAUUUUCUAUGUAAUUAAAUAUUGUGAUAAUUUUUCUUAAUUUUCAUCCUUUGAGUAAUCAUUGCAUAGCAACGCUUUCUCGUGGCUGUUGACGGAAAUAUUUAAUGUACAUUGAUUAGCACCAUUAUAUUGAGUUGACUUACUAGUUUUGUUGUUACAUUGUAUCUGUAUUCGUUCUGUGCUGUGAGUGCUGUGACAGUAAAACUACUUUUCCAAUCAAUGCCAUUCAUCACUGAUCAUCAUUUACUACUUUCUAAACUAUUUUUAGCGAACGCAUUUUGUCAAAAGUAACGAAUAACCAAAUUUCGAUUCGCUCUAAAUAACUUGUGUGAAGUGAAAAAGUUAGAAAUAAACAUGCUGAUUAUGA